GCCUUACGCGCCGGGAUGGCGGAGCUGCGGCCUAGCGGCGCCCCCGGCCCCACCGCGCCCCCAGCCCCUGGCCCUGCUGCUCCGCCGGCCUUCGCUUCGCUCUUCCCCCCGGGACUGCACGCCAUCUACGGAGAGUGCCGCCGUCUUUACCCUGACCAGCCGAAUCCGCUCCAGGUUACAGCUAUCGUGAAGUACUGGUUGGGUGGCCCAGAUCCCUUGGACUAUGUUAGCAUGUACAGGAAUGUGGGGAGCCCAUCUGCCAACAUCCCCGAGCACUGGCACUACAUCAGCUUCGGCCUAAGCGAUCUCUAUGGUGACAACAGAGUUCAUGAAUUUACAGGAACAGAUGGACCUAGUGGAUUUGGCUUUGAGUUGACAUUUCGUCUGAAGAGAGAAACAGGGGAGUCUGCUCCCCCAACAUGGCCUGCAGAGUUAAUGCAGGGCUUGGCCAGAUACGUGUUCCAGUCAGAGAACACCUUCUGCAGUGGGGACCAUGUGUCUUGGCACAGCCCUUUGGAUAACAGUGAGUCAAGAAUUCAGCACAUGCUGCUAACAGAGGACCCGCAGAUGCAGCCCGUGCAGACACCCUUUGGGGUAGUUACCUUCCUCCAGAUUGUUGGUGUCUGCACUGAGGAGCUCCAUGCAGCCCAGCAGUGGAAUGGGCAGGGCAUCCUGGAGCUGCUGCGAACAGUGCCCAUCGCUGGCGGCCCUUGGCUGAUAACUGACAUGCGGAGGGGAGAGACCAUAUUUGAGAUCGAUCCACACCUGCAACAGGAGAGAGUUGACAAAGGCAUCGAGACGGACGGCUCUAAUCUAAGUGGUGUCAGUGCCAAGUGUGCCUGGGAUGACCUGAGCCGGCCCCCUGAGGAUGACGAAGACAGCCGGAGCAUCUGCAUAGGCACUCAGCACCGGCGGCUCUCUGGCAAAGACACGGAACAGAUCCGGGAGACCCUGAGGAGAGGACUUGAGAUCAACAGCAAACCCGUCCUUCCACCAAUCAACCCGCAGCGGCAGAAUGGCCUCACCCACGACCGAGCCCCGAGCCGAAAAGACAGCCUGGAAAGCGACAGCUCCACGGCCAUUAUUCCCCAUGAGCUGAUCCGCACAAGGCAACUCGAGAGCGUACAUCUGAAAUUCAACCAAGAGUCAGGAGCCCUCAUUCCUCUCUGCCUAAGGGGCAGGCUCCUGCAUGGACGGCACUUUACAUAUAAAAGUAUCACAGGUGACAUGGCCAUCACAUUCGUCUCCACGGGAGUGGAAGGCGCCUUUGCCACUGAGGAGCACCCUUACGCAGCUCAUGGACCCUGGUUACAAAUUCUGUUGACUGAAGAGUUUGUAGAGAAAAUGUUGGAGGACUUAGAAGAUUUGACUUCUCCAGAGGAAUUCAAACUUCCCAAAGAGUACAGCUGGCCCGAAAAGAAGCUGAAAGUCUCCAUCCUACCUGAUGUGGUGUUCGACAGUCCACUGCACUAGCCUGGGCUGGGCCCUGCAGGGGCCAGAAGAGAGCCCAGCUGCUCCCCAGUGACUUCCGUUGUAACAGCUGUGUAAGAGAGUCCCACCAAUAAAAGGACAAACGUGAGGAUGACUGAGCAGUCACGCACCUACAGCCCCAUGGGAUGCUGGGCAUGGGCAGCUGACCUCCACCUCACCUGCAGUGCCAAGCCCACAUGACUAGGCCCUGAUCCCACUGGACACUGAGUGGGCAAAUGCAAACCUUCCUUUCCUGCUGCCGCCACAAGUUCUGGUUUGAGAAGUGACUCUAGACCUUUGCUGUGCCCCUGGGUCUCAGGCCUCCCUCUCACCUACCCCUGCCUUACAGCCAGCAGGAAGGAGGUGGAGUGGCCCUGUGGGUUCACUGCCCAGCUCAAUUCUGGGAAGCCUUUGGUAGUCAAGCUCUUCUUGCCACAGAACAAUUCCUCUGAUUGUGUUUUAUUUUCUUCCUCUAUUUUAUUUUGUAGAAACUGAUGGUAUUUUAUUGCUCUUCAAAGAUGUCCAGAAGCUGUGUAUAUAAUGUUUUUUAAACAGAACUUUAUUCCCAGAUGAACUUUUGCAUUCUCUCAGACAAGGGCCUGGGGCCGUCUCCCCCUGAACUGCCGCCAGAGGAGGUGCCGGUGCUCCGUGUUCGCCCGCCAACCCAGGGCCCAGAGGAGCCAGCUUCAGAAAGAGGCUUUCCUUCCCAGAUGGGCCGGGUGGAGCCUGGGGCAGGGGAGAGCGAGACACUCCCCCAUGAAGCCUUGAGCCCAAUUUAGCUGGGGCCAAGAAGGGAUGCUGCUGGUUCCCAAGUGGACUGGGCCCCACAAAGUUCAAGGACCAUCAGGGUCUCAGAGACUGUGGCCUCAGCCUCAUCUUCCAGGCCUUUUCCACACAACCAGGCUUGCCUAGAAGAAGGUGAGGCCCAGCACCUCGCUGAUCAUUCCCACCUGCCACUCAGGGCCUGGGUGUCCAGCUCUUUGACCACUCCUGUCCCAUUUUCUCAUCCCCUGGGCCUCCCAGCCUCUAGGCUACAGAACUCUGGCUUAUUAAAAAUGGAAAAAUUAAGCCUCAAACAUGUCUUUCACUUUGAUUUUGCAAACACUGCACUCUCCUGCCCUCCUAUCCUCCCUGCGUCCACUCAUUUCUCAUCUUUCAUUUCCCAUUCCUGUCCUGCAUGUGGGCCUCUUGUGGUCUUUGGUCCCUUGCUCCAGUGCUGCAGUUCUCAUGGUCUUCCUCCCAGAAGCCAGCCUAUCUCUGGCCUAUGGUUUGGGGGUUCCUCUUGGGUUAUCUCCCACUUCUACCCUGCAAUCAACAAGCCCCUUUCAUGCCCUCUUACCCCCGACUCUAGGGACUGCUAUUUCAAGAUCACCCUUCAGGCCUGUGCAAAGCCAAGCCAUUUUGUCUACUAGAGACCAUGCUCUGCUCCUACCUACAGCACCAUACACACAGGCAUCACCACCACCAGAAGUGCCACAGGAGACCCAUGGGUACAGGACCCCUCUGAUGAGAGAUCCAGGCAAAGCUGCCUCCAGGGGCCAUGAAGGCAGUGACUGGGCUCUCCAGGGAGCAGCAGCUGGACUUCGAAGGGGCCUGGCCCUUUCUCUGCACACACCCUCAGGUCUAGUUGGUUAACUCCAUCAAACUCGGAGCUUCAAGGCAGAUCAGCCUGGAAUACUGGGAGAGAUGGACUCUAGGCUCCCAUUAGCCAAGAUGGAACCCUCUGGACCUGAUGUUGGCAGCAGCUGUGCCUUCUCUGAGAACUUGAAAAGGACAUUUUCUGGCCUUUGCCCACCACAGCAUCCCUCCCUGCCUUUGAAGCUCUUGUCUUCUGACAUUUCAUGGUCAGAGAGGUGCCAUCACCUUUCUUCUGUUCCUUGCCACCCUGCCUCUCCACCAAGUUCUCUUUCUGGGACCCUGCCUCCACCUGCCUGGCUUGGCAGUGGGGAGGAAGGUAUUUUUUAAGCUUUGUCAUCAAUAUGGGAGGCAGGAGGGAAGUAGGUGAGCUCUGAGAUGAUGAGCCUGUGAAGCCUAUAGCCCCUUCCUGCCCCACCAUGUCAGGAACCUCCAGGGUCAUGCUGGGGCAAGGCCUUCGUUUCCUUUCCCUAUGGCGCAUUGGCUCUGGGGAAGUGGCAGGGCACCCGCUGUCUCACCAAAACUUUCUCGUGCAGUGAUGCCUUCCCAGAGGUUUUUGUGGAAGGAGCUCUCCACUGAGCUGGCUGGUGAGAGGGGACCUCACUGGGGAAUAAGCAAGGCUGACCAUGUACUGUGCUUAGCACAGCACCUGAACCAUGGUGGGUGCUUGCUAAAUAAAUCCCUUCUUUCCCUCCCUGCACCCCUUUGGGAGCCCUGAUCUCAUAGCGAGUGGGGAGGUAAGCUUCCCUCCCUCAUAUGCCUCUUCCACAGGCUUCCUUGAAGUUUGCCUGGUCCUACCCGACCCUCCAGGUCCCUGGUGCUAGGAAGGGGCUCCCAUGCUACAUGAGGCAGACUCCUGUGGCUCCUCGCAUCCAGUAGGUGGCAAGAGGACCACAGACCCAGCUGCCAUUCGGAGGGAAUGGGGAGGCUCAUGUAAGGUCUCAGGUCUGGCUGGGGAGCUGGUACUUUUUCCUGCCCUUCUCUUCCCC